AUAGCAGCACUUUUGUGUUGCUAUGUUGGGAGAAAUGGCAGGACAUUUUCUCAUGGAGAGGUCGUGAAGGAUACACGCCAUCUGCACUUCAUUUAUUUCUCCUCCUCUAUAAAGACGGAGAAGGGGGCUGUUGGUGGCUCCAUCCUUCAGAUCCGAGUGUCAUCACUGUCGGCUGACGAGCAAGUGCACCACUGACUGUGAGCAUGAAGGCCUGGAUAACACUUGAAAUCAUUGGAGUGGGAAGCUGAUUUCCUGGGGCAUCUUUCUGCGAGGCAGCUUCACAUUUUGUACGUCUCUGCAUUAAUUUGUUCUGCAACCAUACAGCAUUUUUUGUUUUUGAUAGAUGUAUCUGGAAUUGCCAUGAAAACAACAAUGUGUCUUUGAUACAGAGAGGCUGCGAAAGUACAGUCGUGAGUCCUGCCGCUCUGACUGACUCGUCGUGCCAAGACUGUCUCUCUCGUUGGACGCAGCGCACUGUGAGCGCACUACGGCUUUUUUUUUUUUUUUUUUGGUUUGCCAAAAUUCCAUUUUACAAACGCGGAAGAUUUCUUGGAGGUAAAAUUACACGAGAGACGCAGUAUAACCACCAGCUCUGGCGAAGGUAGCGAGUGGACGGUUGAACGCCAACGCCGUGCGUAAUCCUCGGGUAGCAGGUGGAUGGAGAGGCUGGCGGGAUGCAGCUUUCCGGCAAGUCGGCGCCGCUUCGGAGCGGCUGGACACCAUAUCCUCAGCUGAAGGACACCUUACGAUGGGCUUGAUAUUAAGAGGGAGUGCUCAAUUUUCAAUGUAAAAUUUUGUUGUUUCUCUACAGCUGGGAUGUGAUACUUGUGGUUCCUCAUUAAUGAAAAUCCCCAGUCAUCCCGAUCCCCAGAGACCCAAACCCUUAGACCGCAACGUGUCAAAUUCCCAUUACCCAAGGCUUAUUUUAGAACUUGAAGACCCUUUACCCUGCUUUCAACAGUCUUGCAUGGUAAUAUCAAUGUUUUUAAGCAUGUAACAUCCUAACCUCAAACCCAAUAAUAUCUACCUUCUCCAAGCUCCUUUAACAUCUAUCCCUACCAUCUUUAGGAAUGCGGAACCCUUUGACACCCUAAACCUCUCAGCCAUCAUGGCCUUGGAUCAGUGGCCCUUUCUCCCGACUGUCCCCAACAUCUCCAUCCCUGAGCCCCUACUGUACGACAGCUACAUGCAGGGAAAUGAGUCCAACCUGGACCUGAACAUCUCCAAGGCCAGGGAGCCUCACCAGGACAAGACCAGCUCUGUGGUCAUCACCCUCAUCUACUUCAUAGUAUGCGCCGUGGGGCUGUGCGGCAACGCCCUGGUCAUAUAUGUCAUCCUGCGAUACGCCAAAAUGAAGACGGUGACCAACAUCUACAUCCUGAACCUGGCGGUGGCCGAUGUUCUGUGCAUGAUGAGCCUGCCGUUCAUCGCCCUGCAGCUGACGCUGGUGCACUGGCCCUUUGGAGAGGUGCUGUGCAGGGUGAUCAUGACUGUCGACUCUCUCAAUCAGUUCACCAGCAUCUUCUGUUUGAUGGUGAUGAGCAUUGAUCGGUACUUCGCUGUGGUCCACCCUAUUAAGUCCACAAAAUGGCGGAAGCCCCGCGUGGCCAAGCUCAUCAACCUGACAGUGUGGUGUGUGUCCCUGUUAGUCAUCCUACCUACUUUGAUCUUUAGUGGCCUUCACAAGGAGCAAACGUGUGGGAUCGAGUGGCCGGAGCCCCAGGAUGUCUAUUACACAGCCUUCAUAAUCUAUACCUUCUUCAUUGGGUUCUGCCUUCCUCUGGCAGUCAUAUGUCUGUGCUACCUGCUCAUUAUAGUCAAGGUAAAGUCGUCUGGCAUGCGGGUGGGUUCCAGCAAGCGCAAGCGUUCUGAGCGUAAGGUAACACGGAUGGUGUCCAUAGUGGUGGCGGUGUUUGUCCUCUGUUGGCUGCCUUUCUACAUAUUCAACGUCACCUCCGUCACCAGCUCCAUCAACCCCACCUCUGCCGCGAAGAGCACCUUCGACUUUGUCGUGGUGCUGGGCUACGCCAACAGCUGCGCCAACCCCAUCCUGUACGCCUUCCUGUCAGACAACUUCAAGAAGAGCUUUCAGAACGUCCUAUGCCUGAAAAAGGUAGCAGGCCUAGACGAGAUAGAACGCAGUGACAGCAGGGCAGACAGGAGCAGGAUGGUUAACGAUGCUGUACUCAACGCCAAUCUUGAGACUCACAAUGCUGCCCUGCUGAAUGGCGAGCUACAGACCAGCAUCUGAGCAGCGGCAGUCACAUCCAAGGAGCCCAGAGAGACAGACAGAUGAGCUGCCAGUAUAGAUGCAGGGGCUGGACGAUGAUAUAAUAGCUGCUGCUCAUGGACAUCGACACAUGGACAAAGUCUAGUUGAAAAAUAAACAAUUUCUUAAGGGAAAGUACACUGACUCCAGCACAAAACUAAUAUUAUUUGGGUUGAAUUCGCCCUAAGACGAAAAUUAUUGACUGAAGUGAUUUUAAACACAGCAGGGACAAGUGAUGUUCAGGUCAAACGUAAAUAGGAGUGCUGUUAAUGCUUGCCAGGGUUCUAUUGAGUUGUCAGAAGUCAUGCAGACUGAACCAAAAUCAAAACGAGAUGCAGGAUCAGAGAAUGGACUGCUGUGGACCCACCGGAGAAAUACUGGGGCUGGUUCACCCAUGGUAGAGAGAGAGUUAGACAGGAUUGAGCACCAUCCAGGCUCUCCUUGAUGGAGUGUUUUGAGAGCUAUGAAGUGUCGGCAUUGAUUUCUCUGAAUGUGGAAAUACUGCUGAAGAAGAAAGUCAACCAUUUCAGUUGGAAACAGCCAGCACGGUAAUUCUAUAGAGUCUUUAAAAGAAAAACAAAAUCAAAAAUCUUGAGCCAAAAGGGAAACGAUUCAUGGUCAUGUUUUAUACAUACAAGCUGAUUAGCUUGGUCUUAUGUGAUCAACCAGGCAUGUAUAUAUACAUAUACAUAUUUACGACAAACAAAGGAUGGUCUUUUCUCUCUAUUGCUGGCAUCUCCGCGGGAGAAGCUGCAUCCGUGGAAGAUCCGUGAACCUUUGAUUUGAACAUCCAGGGUUAUUGAUUAAGUUAAAUAAAACAUAUCUUGACCUUGCUCCCUUUACAACAAA